CGCUCCGCACAUGCCCGGUAGGCAGCGGCCGCAGCUUGGGCGCUCGCGCGGGGUCGCGUAGUGCCGGCUGCUCCGCUACCGUCAGGUAUGAAGGGCUGGGGUCUUGCAGCUUCCUCCUCCUCGCUCCAGCGCCAUGGAAUGCCUGCGGAGCCUGGCCCAGCUCCUGCCCCGCGCGGUGAGGUUGCCCCGGCGCACCCUGUGCGCUCUGGCCUUGGGCUUGACCCCCGGGACUCGCCCUGUUGCCGCCUGCGGCCGCGCUGCUCAACUGCUCGGAAGGAAGUGGGCCGCGCCGCUGUACGGGCCCCGCUGGCUCCCCACGACAGGUGAAAUUCACCGGUAUAGAACUUCUGAUGUCUCUCAAGCCACUUUAGCCAGUGUAGCCCCGGUGUUUACUGUGACAAAAUUUGACAAAGGGGGAAAGGUUACUUCUUUUGAAAGGAAGAAAACUGACUUGUAUCAAGAAUUAGGUCUUCAAGCCAGAGAUUUGAGGUUUCAGCAUUUAAUGAGCAUCACAACCAGAAGCAAUAGGAUUAUCAUGAGAAUGGAGUAUUUGAAAGCUGUGAUAACUCCAGAGUGUCUUCUGAUACUAGAUUAUCGUAAUUUAAAUUUAGAGCGGUGGCUGUUCCGGGAACUCCCUUCACAGUUGGCUGGAGAGGGUCAACUUGUUACAUACCCUUUACCUUUUGAAUUUAGAGCUAUAGAAGCACUCCUGCAAUAUCGGAUCAACACUCUUCAGGGGAAACUUAGCAUUUUGCAACCACUGAUCCUUGAGACAUUGGAAGCUUUAGUGGAUCCCAAACAUUCUUCCAUAGACAGAAGCAAACUGCACAUCUUACUACAAAAUGGCAAAAGCCUGUCAGAGUUAGAAACAGAUAUUAAAAUCUUCAAGGAGUCCAUUCUGGAGAUCUUGGAUGAAGAAGAGUUGCUGGAAGAGCUCUGUCUGACAAAGUGGAGUGACGCACAAGUCUUUGAAAAGAGCAGUGCUGGGAUUGACCAUGCAGAAGAGAUGGAGUUGCUGUUGGAAAACUACUACCGAUUAGCUGAGGAUCUUUCCAAUGCAGCUCGGGAACUUAGGACGCUGAUUGAUGAUUCACAGAGUAUCAUAUUCAUCAACUUGGACAGCCACCGUAAUGUGAUGAUGAGGUUGAACCUACAGUUGACCAUGGGAACCUUCUCUCUUUCGCUCUUUGGACUAAUGGGAGUUGCUUUUGGAAUGAAUUUGGAAUCUUCCCUUGAGGAGGACCAUAGAGUGUUUUGGCUGAUCACAGGAAUUAUGUUUAUGGGAAGUGGCCUCAUCUGGAGGCGCUUGCUGUCAUUCCUUGGACGACAGCUAGAAGCUCCUUUGCCUCCUCUGAUGGCCUCUUUACCUAAAAAGACACUGCAGGCAGAUAGAAGGACGGAAUUGAAACACAGCUUCAGGCCGGAUGGACUUGAAUCAAGCAGGAGUGUCGUAACAAACCGUUAGGCACAGCCCGAUGGAAACUGAAUUAUUUUUUUACGGUAGUCACAGGAAAAUUCUGAUAUUCUUCUGUUAUUUUCUUUUAUAAGAGUCAGAGACUUGGGGAAAAAAAUCACUGACAUUUAAAUUAUAGUGUCUGAUGUUAAAAAUAUUAUGGCAGUCACAGUACUAGAACUUAAUUGCAUUUUCAGGAUUCCGAGUAAAGAAACAAAGCACUUGCUUUGUAAAAGGCCAAAGUUCUAUUUCCUACAAACUUAAGAAGCUGUUUUUAUAGACAUGUAAGGCAUGGAGAGAUUAACUUAACACAAGAAUAGAUUGUGGUAUCAAUUUUAUUUAAUUUAUACAUGUCAACAGAAGUGCAACCUCAUGCCAAAUGAAGCCUGGAAACUUGACAAGCCCACAGUUACGAGACCAGGUAGCCAUAGUUCUUAGUACAAGGAAUCACGUUCUUGUGAAUUUGUCACUCUCAGGUGACUGAAAAGCUAGCAGAAUAUAUAUUAACCUUAAAACAAACUCUGGGAGUUUGUGCUUUAAACCAGUCUUUGACAUAACCUUAUUUUCUUGUAUUUGCCCCCUUUUUAUAUAAGGAAUAAAAAAAAAAAAAGGAAAUGAGUUUAAUGUCAGCUUUAUAUAGAUUCCAGUUAAUCAGAAUUUUACUUCCUCAACCAAUGAAACUAUUUUUCUUUGCUUGACUAUAAUUAAAGCUUUUGGAAAUUGAGCUGAAAGAAAGUAUUUCCAUUCUAUUACUGCUUUAUAACUGUUUUGGUCAUUCCCUGGUUUUUAGAACAGAUAGACAUGUCACCCCAAAAAGGAAAAUAUAUGUAGCCUAGUUAAUCUAUUUGCCUGCACCUCGGAGGUUGACAGAUGGGCUUCCUAAAACAAGAGGGUAGAUAAACUUUAAAAUUGUGAUACCUUUUUGUUUUCACAAUCAGAUUUGGGUUUAAAACAAAUGACUGAUAUUUGUAUGUCUCAAAGCUCAUGUCCUACUUAACAUCUUCUGCCUCUUUUAAUAUUGGGUUUAUAAACCCGAACGAACUUUUUGGCCAACCCAAAUUAUUUUCUGGAGGUUAAGUACAGUUAUGCAAUAGAACAUAACAGUUAUAUUUGCCUCCAAAAGGUGCAUAGAAGAUUCUGGACUGUUCAGAGCAGCUCUUGCACUACAAAUUUAGUAAUAAAAUAAAUAUGCAUACCCUGAUGAUGUUGGAGGAUACCUGAUACCCUAAUAUGUCAUAUGAGGGAGUUUAGGGGUCCGUUUACCAGGUGGUUUAGUGCUAGGAAUAAAAAUGCUCUCCUAGUAGCUGAUCUGAAAGAAAACAAAGUUACAAGUAUUAAAUUUUCCCUGUUCCCGUGUCUGGUUAUGAGAGGAUAUUAGAAUAGCAUGAAACAGGCUGGGCUUGUCUUGGAGCACGCUUUAUGGCAUGGUUAUUGGACUGUGAAUAGCAUCAUACAUCUGUUUGAUGAUUUCCAAGAUGAUGUAUCUUUGACAAUAUUUAUAUUUCACAGGGCAGUCCUCUUUGGUACACCUCAGAGCACUCUGCUGCUAUUUUUGAUCUUAGGUCAUCACUGUAAAAUAAGGUAAUAAAUAUCACUUAACUGUGACAUAUGAAGAAUUGGAAGUCCAGAGGGCAAAAUUUGAUUUGGUUAAGAUCAGGCAUAGGAUAGAAUUUUGGUCUUUUUUUCUUUCUGAUGUUGCUUAGUUUGUGAGCUUACAUAAACAUUUUUGAUGAGUCAUGUCGCAUCAGUAAAUGGGAAAAUAAAUGCAACUACCUCAUAAGUCUUAUCAAAGGGAAGGUACUAAGGGUUUAUAAAUUUCUUGAAGGUGAUUAAAUCAAGUAUGAUUUCCAGAUGUCAGCUAGCUCUGCUUUGGUGAUAGAUAGCAGGAUGCUUCUUAUAUUAAAGAGCCCUCAAAUAACAGAUUAUGUCAAAAAAAGUUCAGCAGUUUUAAAUUUUGAAUUUAAAUAGACAGAGUACGUAAACUAUUUGUAAGUAAGGUGAAAGAAUACCAAACAUUCAGUUAUGAGUAAGCAGGCAUUCUGAUUCUGUUUAACAUGUAUAAGUACAAGGAAUGAUAUUCUUAACAGAUUGCCUUUGUAAGGCCUUUAAGAAAAUGUGGCAAGAAUAGACGUCAUUUUCAGAUGCUAUUGACACUUGCUUCCUCCUUGAUAGACUGAUAACCACUAAAUAGUCAUAUUAAAAAGCCAUUUAUUUUGGUGAGUUAUUCCAAGAGUUGUACAAGCUUUAUGUUUUGGAAUUGCAAUAUUAAACUCACUUUAAAUUCAGGAUUUAUUGUCAUUACCUUAGUAAUAGCUAUGCAGUUGGAGCAUGGAAUAGGGAAUUCAGAGACCUGAGUUUAUUCCCAAACUCACUUCCCAUCUCUGUAGGUCUGUGAUACAAAGGCAUAGAACAAUUCCAGUCUUGAAGCCUUGAUGGAAGUUUUUGCAUAUACAGGUAAUAGAUAAAAAUUGCAAAUAUGUAAAUGUGUUCUGAUAUCUUAAAAUAAAGGUAAUUUUGAGUUCAAUUGUAUAAGUUCAGGUCUGUGUUCAGGAGAGAUUAAUUCCCUAAGGUAUUUUUGUUAAGUAUUUCAGAAUCAAUGCUUAGAACUACAGUUAAUACUUAGUAGAGUGAAAAUUUAAUCCACCUAUUAGGAUAACACAUUAGACUAUCAGGUAUUAGACUUUUUUCCUGUAUGCUGGGUUUUCACAUAUUUGCCAUAUACACAGUAGAAGUACAACUUACAUAAUUUUGAAUAUGGGGUUAGUAUGGUUUAAUAUCCUAUAUGAAAACCUGCUUCUAACUUUGUAAAUUUUAACCUUCUCCUCCUGCUGCUUGCUAUGUGGUAUGUUCAGGCAUUGAGAAAAUAAAAAUCCUCAGGUAAAGAAUAAUCAUGUUUUAAACAUAGGCCCUAUCAUUUAGUAAAGCAUAACACUUUCUAUAAUAAUAGCAAUAUGAAGGUAUAUGCAUCCUCCUAAUCCUAUAGUGAAAACAUGCCUUUACUAAAAUGCAGUGUCAUUAGCUUGUUCUACACUCAGACUUCUCAAUUCAUAAAAACUCCUAAUUACAACUAAUUUCUGGUCCCCUAAAAAUAAACUUCCUUUUAAUUAAAAAUAAUUCUUCAAAUAGGUUGAACUGCCAAUAAUAGUUAACCAAAAACCACACGGUGUUUGUAUGCUUUUUGCUGUGCCGUAGGGGAACCAUGCAGCUAGUAUACCUCUUUAAGAUGAGACAGUCCCAGGAGUGAUCCAGAGGUCCUAUCUAGGUAUGUGCCUGUUUAUGCUGUUUUCCUAUACACAUACUCACCUUAUGCUCACAAUUGUAAUUCUACUAGCUUUUCCUUGAUUUCUGAUUUAGCUUACUCUCCAGCUGAAUUCCUGUCUCCUUUGACCAGUCUCUGUACUGCCUCUAGAGAAGCUAAGAGAAGGGCUCUGGUCAUUUUUUGUUUUCUCCUGCUUUUUAGUAUCAUUUCACUAGUGUCAGAAGGAGGUUCUACCCUGACAGAUAGAGAAUCAACUAGUUACUGUUUAUGGAUAACAGUGCCUGCAGAUUUUUAGUGAAGCUGAAAUCCUAUGGUACAUAUCCUUUCUCUUAAAUAUGCCACUCUGCAGGACUGGCAGAUGAGAUCUACUCUGCUAAAACCAGCCCAGAAACAAGGGCAGCCAAGGCCUGCUUCACUCCUCUUGGUCCCUUGCAGUAGCCUCUGGCUCAGGACAGAUCUCUCUUCUUUCUGCUCUAGUUCUGUUGGCACAGCUUGUGGCAGCCUAAUGCCACCCAAGGCUUC